AUGAUGAAACAGUUGCUCGUUUCUGUUUCGUGUCUGCUGCUGCUGUGCCACUCAGCGUACGCCUAUCCGUUCCAUGGCUACGGCUUCGAGAAAGAAUACCGAAACAAGCAUCAUCCGUUUCAUUCGGCCGAGAUUCCCUACCUACCGCAGAAUCCACCGUACCAUGACGAAGGAAAUUUCUUUGGAGCAUCCGGUACGGAUUGCCUCGAAUGUCCGUUCGAAAACAGAUCGUGCCUGAAACACUGCCGACCGCCCGACUGCAGUAGCUGCUCACAGUGGGACCCGAACUACAUCUUCUGUCUGCGGAUAUGUCACUCGAGCAAGGACGAUCACGAAGUACGCGGCAAGCGUUGCAACCCCCUCGUGUGGGGUAGCUGGUGUGGGGACAGGUGGUUCAUCGAACUGCCUGAAGCGAAGAAAGCCGAGGUGCUGAGAUCAGCCCAGACCGAGUAG